UCGCGCGUCAGUUGUUUGGCGUCACGGAUUCAAAACAAACCUCCGAGGCGCCAAGGAGUGGAGGUCAUUUUUCUGUUACUCAGCUUUCGGGCUUAAUUUAACACCCUGGAUCUCGUAGCGCCUUCCACUCAUCAGUAGUUGUGGUUCUCGUGCGGCAGUGAAAGACCAGCCCCACCACCGCCAUGCCCCGAAGGAAGGCUUCGCGCGUGCCAAGCCGGGCCAUCCCCACACUGCCGGAUGAGUCCAUCACUGAGGCCGAGAUGCACCAGGACAAGCGCAAGGAGAAGAUGAAGCUGCUGUUGAGGGACUUUGAUUUUGAGGUCGAGACACGAAUAAAGAAGAUGGAAGCAGAGAUACAAAUAAUUCAAGAGAACAUCCACCAGCUCUUCAAAAUGGACCUCAUGUGUUACCCAGAGACCACACGCAACAAGCUAUGGAUAGACUACAUCCAACAGGAUGACACCAAAACAAGCAGCACAGUAAAAGACAGUGUGAUUGACAUCAUCAGUUCUGCUGACAGCAUUCUCCAGUCAGUUGCCAAGAAACGAGGACGGAAACCAAAAAAGAAAGAACCAGAACAGUCAGACAGUGAAGAUGCAGCCUUGCUGCCUCCGCCAACAGUAACAAAAACAACUCGAAGCACUCGACAAAGAAAAGUCUUAGCCUCCAACCAGAGUGAGAACAUGCCUCCACCAAGUACAAGACCCCAACGCACUAAGGCCCUGGAGCCACAAGCCACACCCAUGAAAAGUGAUAUUCCUGCGAACUUCUCCUCCCAUCUGUUCAUCACGCCCAAGUUUGACCCCCGCACCCCACUCCCGUUAGGCACUAUCAAGAGGAAACCACAGCUGGGAGAAGUUGCCAUCUCUCUCAAAGGCUCUCCUCUGCAGAUCUCCCCUCCGCACAUCAUUGAGGAAAAUGUAGAGGACUGGAUAGAAAAGCUGAAGGUAGAGGAAAUGGAUGAAAAUAUGAGGUUAAAGCUUAGGGAAUUUCACCAAAAAGUUGGGGACAUGCUCAAUGCGUAGAUGUUUUUGUUGUUGUGUAUUUGUGUGUCACAGGAUGAUUCGCAGGGAGUGGUCCACAAUGCUGCUUGGUUGGCUUGUGUUUGUUUGUGACCCUGAGAUGUAACAGUUUAGGGUCCACAUCUGUAUACUUCCUGUGUGCUGUAAAAGAUGACUUAAAGAAGCAAGGAUAGAGGGUUGAGAGCCUCUACCUCAGGAACUUAUAAUUAUUCCACAGAACAAGAAACAGAAGCAGUACAUUUAUUUUUUCCAUUUUUAUUUUGUCAUUUUCACCACAGCUUCUUCCCCAGAUUUCUUGGGAUAAAAUUAAGAUGAAUAAGACCAUAUAAGACAUGACAACCAGGUUAUUUCUAAGCUCUUGGCAACACCCUUCUCCAUCUGUCCAUUACUUAUCCAGGACUCCUUCCCAUCCUCUUGACAGUAGACAUGCAGAUCCCCCAUUAUUUAUACAUAUAUAUGUUUAUACAUAUAUAAUUUCAUGCUCUUGUAGUAAGGGGAAUAUUGCCCAACUGCAUUUUUUGUGGUUGGGUUAAGAGAACUGCCACCCUGUUCCCCUUGUGUGUGUGUGUGUGUGUGUGUGUGUGUGUGUGUGUGUGUGUGUGUGUGUGUGUGUGUGUGUGUGUACGCAUGCGCUGCAUCUUGGCUCUUCCUCUUUGAGGGGUAUGUCAGCCUGUUAUAUUUAUAGAUUAUAAAAGGCAAGUUGAAGGGACAGAGUAGGGACUAGGGAUCCCUUCUGCAGUUUUAUUCACAUGAGAAUGUGACAUCUUGCAUUGGCUACUCCUUUUUAAGGGGAAUCUCAGCCUAAUAUGUAGAGAUAAUUUUAUAGAUCUCUGUGCACUAACCAUUUAUGCAAUAGAUUUAGUUUAAUCUUAGUUAAAAAGUUAUGUAAUUUUUAUUUUGUUAGUAGAUGUGAGUCAAAAUAUAUGUAUGUAUUCAUAAA